AUGUUUUCCAAAUCUAUCAUCGCCGCUUCCCUCCUCACUGCAGUCACUGCUCAUCAAAACUUCCAUCAAUUUUGGGUCAAUGGAGUUUCUCCAGGAUAUCAAGUCUCUAUCCGCAUGCCACCUUCCAACUCUCCAGUUCUCGAUGUAGCAUCCGAUAACAUCACCUGUAACGUCAAUGGAAACGUUGUCCCAUCAGGUGUCAACACAACCGCCGCAAACGAGGGAGAUGCCAUCACAGUUCAAUGGGAUUCCUCUACCCAUCCAGGACCUAUUCAACAUUAUCUUUUCGGUCCCGUUGAUGAUGCGUCCAUGGCUACUGGUAUCGGUUCAUGGUUCAAGAUUGAUGAGUAUAUUGAGGUCAACGGUACUUGGGCCUCCAACCUCAUGGAUGCUGGAAACAUGAGCUACACUUUCAACCUUCCUACCGGAAUGGCAACUGGUGAAUACUUGCUCCGUUCAGAGAUGCUUGCUCUUCACUCCGCCCAGACUGUCGGAGGUGCUCAAUGGUACAUUGGAUGUGCUCAACUUUCUAUCACCGGUACUAGUGGAGAUUCAUGCGGACCAUCCAUCGAGCUUCCAGGUGAUUACAACGCUACCGACCCAAGUAUUUACAUCCCAGAUAUUUACUAUGGUUUUGACAUCUCCACCUACACACCUCCCGGAGGAGCCAUUGCCACUUGUGGUGCCGCCGGAGCUGGAGCCACGGGUGCAGCCAGCGCCACGGCCAUUGCAACAUCUGCUGUUUCCAGUGCCGUUGCAUCAUCAAGCGCCGCAGCUGUUUCGAGUGCGGUAAUUGAAUCAAGCUCAAUCGCCUCAUCCGUAGAGGUCUCGUCCAGUGCGGUACUUCCAACAAGCUCUGUAGCCGCCAUUGUAACUUCCGCCCCAAGCACUCUCGUAACAGCCACCUCCGCACCAGCAGCCACUAGCUCAGCAGUUGAGGUUGGUGAUGAUGAGUGUGAAGCAUAA